AUGUAAAAAUCAGGUUAACCUUACAUUGACAAUUCAUUAUCGAAAAAAGAUGCUCCUGUUUAAUAUGAACCAUAAUCUAAAUUUACUCCUUUAUAAUUAAUACCACCAAUAAAUGAUAAUUUUAAACAUUUAAAAAGCAUGAAAUCAUCUAGAUCAUAGAAUAACAGUAAAAUCAAAGUCAAGAAGGUUAAAUAAAAAUUUCCAUCUUUAAUGGAAUUUGAUGAAAUGCAGACUUAAGAUGAUGAACUUGAAUUUAAUGCAUACAAUAUAAAACCAUUUGAUUCAGUAGCUCCUCAAACUUUCAGGAAUAUCUAUAAGAAAAUUGACACUAUUUUAUAAAAAAAGACUCUCUAUCAGAACUAAAAAAUGUCUCUUUUUAGCAGUGUAGCAGAAUCUUCAAAAAUAGAAGUAAUUAAUUGAUUUAAUAAGUAUUUUAAUAGAAAUUAAUGCCAAGAACUCUUGGAUUGAUUCGUCCAAAUACAAACAACAAUAAAAUACUUGAUGCAUCCAAUUUUUGUAUGGGAGAUAAAUAUGCAAAAGUAUUAUGUUCAGGAGUAAAAUUAACUCUAGAUUAUUAUGAAUAAUUGAAUUUAAAAAAUAAUAAUCUUACCAGCAGAUCCAGUGAAUGUCUUAAUUAAUUAAUACCUACAAAAUUAAAGGGUCUUAAUUUAUAAGGAAAUAGUUUAGGUUAAGGAGGAUAAGAAUUUGUAAAAGCUCUAAACACAAGAUAUGGUCAAUUACAGUAUCUAAAUUUAGAGAAUAAUAAGUUUAAUGAUGAUGGUUGUCGAUAAUUAUUUAAAAUGUUGUAAGAAAAUACUAUCAUGUAGAAACUCAAUCUCUCACAUAAUUUAAUUACUGAUAAAUCUAUGCCAGAAUUUAAUAUGUUAUUAUAAAAGAAUGCUACUCUUAGUGAAAUUUAUUUACAUUGGAAUCGAAUUCAUUAAAUUGGAGGUAUAUUAUUAUAAAUAAUGAUUGAGGCUAAUAUAUUAUAGCAGCACUUUUUAUUAAUUACAAUGUCAAAGUCUUAGAUUUAUCAUUCAAUUCUCUUGGUAUCAGAUAUAAAGAUGAUGCUCAAUCUCCAUAAAAGAAUAGAUAACCUUAUCAAACUUGGCCAGAUUAUUUCUCUUCCAAGAAUUGUAAUCUUAUACAUUUAGAUCUCUCUAAUAAUCAAUUUAAUUAAUCUUAAUCAGAAGCUAUUGCUAAAGCACUUGAAGAUAAUCAUAAUAUAUUUGGAUUUCAUUUUUCAGGCAAUAUUCAUAGUUCUAUUGAUCAUCUAGGUUUUUUAAAUAUUACCAAAUCAACAGUUGAAUAAAAAGAUGUUAUCUUAAAAAAAAAUGAAGAAUAUUAAUCUGAAAUUAUUGGAGCACUUCAAAUACCUAGAAUAGAUGGUUUAAAAUAAAUAUAGAGAUAAUCUUAAUUCUAUAAUGAAGUUUGUUGGAUAUGUGAUGGAUGGGUUGAAUGUACAUUUCUCUGGUAACCUAAUCAUUUGGAUAUUAAAAGAGAACCAUUAUUCAUUCAUUUGAGUCAUGAAAGAUAUGCUCCCAUUAAAUUAGAACUAAUGGAUGAUGAAUAAAGAGAAAGAUCCCCAAUGUCUCGAAAAUCUAAUUCUUAUAAAAUAUGGUAUGUAUAAAGAAUGGUACCAUCAAAAUAGCCAAUUCGUUUCUUCUUUUCAAGUCCAUUAUUAAAAUAAGCUUAAGUAAGCAGUUCAUAUGACAUUGUUGAUUGGCCUAAGUCUGAAUAAAAUAAGAAAGUUUUAUUUUAUAUGAUUAAUGAGAAACCCUUAACUUUUCGAAGACCUAGAUAAUGCAAUUAAAUAAUUCUACCUUCAAAAUAAUAAUUUGAUGAAUUACAUUAUGAACCUAGUGUACAUUGUAAACCAAGAAUAAAAGACUAUGGUGGAAUAUUAGAUCUUAUUAUUGAUGAUACAAUUGAUGAAAAUAUUGAUUAAACUGAUAAUUUCUUUAAAGAAUGUCAUAGAGAUUCAGAUUAAGAAUUCUCAGAUUGUUUUGAAUGGGAUUGGAAUAAUUCUCAAUUAACCAAAUUAAUAAAAGAAUAAGAUCAACUUAUUUAAGUUAAAUAAUAUUUACAUAGAAUAUAUAGAGAUUUAGUAUCUGCUUAUAGACAUUAUAGUGCUUAUUCACCUAGUGGUGAUAUUUGGAGCAUUUCCUUAAAUGUUUUUACUGAUAUUUUUUAAUCUUCUUUCGUUGAUAAUAAAUCAUACCUUCUUAAAGAUUUGGAUAUAUCAUUUAGAUAAACAACAUCCAAAUAUAUUAAUUAAACUAGAACAUCUACUUCUCAUGCAUUAUUAAGACAUCAAUUUAUUGAAAUAUUAGUUAGAAUGUCAAUGGAUAAAUAUUGUAAAUAACCUAUUUUGAUGACUCCAUUAGAAGCUUUAUAAAGGGUUUAUGAAGUGGAUGGAUUAUAGAAGAAAAUAGAGAGUGUUCAAGAAUCAUAAACUUGGAGAGAUGUAUACUAUUGGAGUAUGGAAUGUAAUAGAGUGAUCUAAAAUAAUUAAUCAGUUUUAAGAUAGUUGUAUCAAGAAUGUGUUUAGAUGAGAUAAUUAAACUAUUUCACAAAUAAGAUAUUUGCAUCUCCUUAAUCCUUUAAAGAAUUAUUUAAUAGAGCUGGAUUAAUAAAUGAUGUAAAUGCCGAGAGAAAUGUAUUGAUUGCAUUUGCAUUAAGUGUACCUCUUGUAUUAGAUGAAAUCAAUUAAGAUAGAUAGAUUUAAAUGAGUUAUCAAGAAUUCGUUGAAGCAUUAGCUCGAGUGGCUGAAAAAUAUGGAUAGAAUAAAGCAGUGAUUAGUUCAGAAUAAUUAGCAUUGAAAUUAUAACAUAUUAUAGGUUAAUUAUAAGAGUAUUAUCAAAUUGUAGAUGAAAAUAAAGUAUAAUCUAAUUAAAUCAUAAUAUUUAGAUAAUCAUUCCAUAGAUGAGACAAUCCAAAAAGUAAACCAAUUUCCUCUAAGAAAAUGUUACUAAAUUAUUAUAUGAGAUAGAUGGUUCACCUAUUAAUGCUCCAUAAAUCUAUGAAUAUGAUUUUGUAGAAUGA